UGUCUAUAUAAAAGAGCGCUUUUUCUUUGCUUUCUGAUAUAGCUGCACUUGAAGGUGUGAAUGAAAAUGUUGGAGAAAGUGGAAGAAUUCAACAUGGACAAAGUGAUUGACAAGUUUGAGGAACUCACCAAGGAUGCUGAAAGGGUUCAGAGGGAGACGCUUAGAAGGAUCUUGGAAGACAAUGCUUCAGCUGAGUACUUGCAGAAUCUGGGUCUUCAUGGAAGAACCGAUCCUGAGAGUUUCAAGGCCCAUGUCCCUCUUGUUACCCACAAGGAAUUGGAGCCUUAUAUCAUCAGAAUCAUUGAUGGCGAUGCCUCUUCCAUUCUCACUGGAAAGCCAAUCACAACAGUGUCUUUAAGUUCUGGAACUACUCAGGGGAAGCCCAAAUAUUUACCAUGGAAUGACGAAUUGUUUGAAACUUCUGUGCACAUGAAUCAGACCUCUUUUGCCUUCAGGAACAGAGAGUUUCCUAUAAAAAAUGGGAAAGCCUUGAGCUUUAUAUAUAGCAGCAAGCAGUUCAAAACAAAAGGGGGUCUCACGGCUGGAACUUCUACAACAAAUUUGUUCAGACACGAAAAGUACAAAUGCACGAUGAAAGCACUUCAGUCCCAAUGUUGCAGCCCGGAUGAAGUAAUAUUCGGUCCUGAUUUUCAUCAAUCCUUGUACUGCCACCUCUUGUGUGGCUUAAUUUUCCGUGAGGAAGUUCAGCUGGUGUCUUCUACAUUUGCACACAGCAUAGUCCACGCAUUUAGAACCUUUGAACAAGUCUGGGAAGAGCUCUGCACUGAUAUCCGAGAAGGGGUCCUCACAGGCAAAAUCACAGUUCCAUCCAUUCGAACGGCCAUGUCCAAACUUCUCAAACCAAAUCCGGAGUUAGCUAACCUGAUUGAAAAGAAAUGCAUGGGACUGAACAACUGGUACGGGUUAAUACCAGAGCUCUUCCCCAACAUUAAGUACAUUCAUGGGAUCAUGACAGGGUCCAUGGAGCCUUAUGUGAAGAAGUUGAAGCAUUAUGCUAGGGAGCUUCCUUUGGUGACUGCUGACUAUGGAGCCUCUGAAGGAUGUAUUGCUGCGAAUGUGAACCCAAAACUGCCCCCUGAAUUGGCCACUUAUGCCGUGCUUCCUCAUCUUGGUUAUUUUGAAUUCAUCCCUCUCAGUGAGUUGGAGCAAACCAAUUGUGGGCCCAAUUUCCAUCGUGUUGAUCCUCAUACGGUGGGCUUGACUGAGGUGAAGGUUGGUGAAGAGUAUGAGAUCGUUACCACCAACCCAGCAGGUCUGUAUCGGUAUAGGCUGGGGGAUGUGUUCAAGGUCAUGGGGUUCCAUAACUCGACCCCAGAGCUCAAGUUUGUUCGUCGUAGCAGCCUUCUGCUUACGAUUAACAUUGACAAGAACACCGAGAAUGAUCUGCAGUCAGCUGUAGAGGCAGCAGCGAAACUAGUAGCAGCAGAGAACUUGGAAGUCGUUGACUACACGAGCCAUGUUGACUCAUCCACUGAACCAGGGCACUAUGUGAUCUUCUGGGAGAUGAAUGGGGAAGCAAGUGAAGAGCUACUUGGUGAGUGUUGCAACUGUCUGGACAAGUCUUUUGUGGACGCAGGCUACAUUAGCUCUCGCAAAACCAGCUGCAUUGGGCCCCUCGAACUCCGGGUUGUCAGGAGGGGAACAUUCCAGAAGAUUCUAGAGCACUUCCUAGGAUUAGGAGCUGCUGCUAGCCAGUACAAGACCCCAAGGUGUGUGGCUGCUUCACACAGUAAAGUGCUGCAAAUCUUGAGUGAGGAUGUUGUGAGGAGCUAUCUCAGUUCUGCUUUCAAUUGAUGAAGUGCUGUGGUCUAUGGGAAAUAUAGCAAUUUGAAAAGCUUCCUUAGUUUUGUUCAUCAAAUCGUGCCACUUUGUUGAACCUUUUGUCUCUAAGGUAUUCCUUCUUGUUUACACCUCACGUUUGUCUGUGUUUAUGGUUUGGUAUUGUAACAGUUAUCCCAGAGCAGAUUCGUUCCUGCCACUCUCUUCAACUCUGUUUUUCUUUUCAUCUCUGCAAAUGCAAAUUAUUAUAGGAAACGGUUUAUCAUUGA